GCGGAACGCCGAGAACGCCAUCGAGGCGCUGAAGGAGUACGAGCCCGAGAUGGGCAAAGUCUAUCGCAGCGACCGCAAGGCCGUGCAGAGGAUCAAGGCCCGCGACCUCGUCCCGGGGGACAUCGCCGAGGUGGCAGUUGGGGACAAGGUCCCGGCCGACAUCCGCAUCAUCUCCAUCAAAUCCACCACGCUGCGCGUCGACCAGUCCAUCCUUACUGGCGAGUCGGUGUCGGUGAUCAAGCACACGGACCCGGUGCCCGACCCCCGCGCCGUCAACCAGGACAAGAAGAACAUGCUCUUCUCGGUGGGUGACGUCAUCGCUGACGUCAUCACUGACGUCAUCAGGGACCCCCGGAGACCCCAAAGUUCCUCCAGGAGACCCCAAAGUUCCUCCGAGGAACCCCCCAGGAACGUCCUGAGGUGUCCCCAGAGGUGCCCACGGGUCCCCGUUUGUCCCCAGAUGUUCAUCAUGGACAAGGUGGAGGGCGACGUCUGCUCCCUCAACGAGUUCUCCAUCACCGGCUCCACCUACGCCCCCGAAGGAGAAGUGCUGAAGCAGGAGCGGCCGGUCAAGGCGGGACAGUUCGAUGGCCUGGUGGAGUUGGCCACCAUCUGCGCCCUCUGCAACGACUCCUCGCUGGACUACAACGAGGCCAAGGGUGUCUACGAGAAGGUCGGCGAGGCCACCGAGACGGCGCUGACCUGCCUGGUGGAGAAGAUGAACGUCUUCAACACCGACGUCAGGAACCUGUCCAAGGUGGAGCGCGCCAACGCCUGCAACGCCGUGAUCAAGCAGCUGAUGAAGAAGGAGUUCACGCUGGAGUUCUCCAGGGACAGGAAGUCCAUGUCGGUCUUCUGCUCGCCGGCCAAGGCCUCGCGCGCCGCCGUGGGCAACAAGAUGUUCGUCAAGGGUGCCCCCGAGGGCGUCAUCGACCGCUGCAGCUACGUCCGGGUGGGCACGGCGCGGGUGCCGCUGACGCCGGCGGUCAAGGAGAAGAUCCAGGCCGUGAUCCGGGAGUGGGGCACGGGCAGGGACACCCUGCGCUGCCUGGCCCUGGCCACCCGCGACGCGCCGCCCAAGAAGGAGGACAUGGUCCUCGAGGACUCCUCCAAGUUCGCCGAGUAUGAGGUGGGCGGCCCCGAGGGGUCCCUGGGCGCUGGGACCUCAAAAUGGGUGGUGGGACCUCAAAAUGGGUGUUACGGGGUCCCACCACCCGCCCAACCCCACCCCACCUCCUUUCUCCUGCCUCCGGCGCAGACGGGCGACGGCGUCAACGACGCGCCGGCGCUGAAGAAGGCCGAGAUCGGCAUCGCCAUGGGCUCGGGCACGGCCGUGGCCAAGACGGCCUCGGAGAUGGUCCUGGCCGACGACAACUUCUCCACCAUCGUGGCGGCCGUGGAGGAGGGCCGGGCCAUCUACAACAACAUGAAGCAGUUCAUCCGCUACCUCAUCUCCUCCAACGUGGGCGAGGUCGUCUGCAUCUUCCUGACGGCGGCGCUGGGGCUGCCCGAGGCGCUGAUCCCGGUGCAGCUGCUCUGGGUGAACCUGGUCACGGACGGGCUCCCGGCCACCGCCCUGGGCUUCAACCCGCCCGACCUGGACAUCAUGGACAAGCCCCCGCGCAGCCCCAAGGAGCCGCUCAUCUCCGGCUGGCUCUUCUUCCGCUACCUGGCCAUCGGAGGCUACGUCGGGGCCGCCACGGUGGGAGCGGCCGCCUGGUGGUUCCUCUUCGCUGAGGACGGACCCAACGUCAGCUACCACCAGCUGACCCACUUCAUGCAGUGCUCCGAGCACAACGUGGACUUCGAGGGGCUGGACUGCGACAUCUUCGAGUCGCCGGUGCCGAUGACGAUGGCGCUGUCGGUGCUGGUCACCAUCGAGAUGUGCAACGCCCUCAACAGCCUGUCGGAGAACCAGUCGCUGGCCCGGAUGCCACCAUGGGUGAACAUCUGGCUGAUGGGCUCCAUCUGCCUCUCCAUGUCCCUGCACUUCGUCAUCCUCUACAUCGACCCCCUGCCCAUGAUCUUCAAGCUGACGCCGCUGACGCUGACCCAUUGGCUGAUGGUCAUCAAGAUCUCCUUCCCGGUCAUCCUGCUGGACGAGGCCCUCAAGUUCAUCGCCAGGAACUACCUGGAGGCGGAGGAGCCCGGCCGGAAGCAGCGCCGGAAGUGACGCCCCGGGGACCCCCAGGAGGAUUUCGGGGACCCCCGACCCCCCC